GUUUAAAUUUUGAAAAGCGAAGAUUUAAAUAUUCGGAAGAUAUAAAAAUUAUCUUGGAAUAGGGAGUAUUUCUUAAACAAUACACAAAAAUUACAAAGCAUAGAGAACAACACUAAUACAUCUGAAACUAUAUUAAAGUUAAGAAAUUCUGUUUAUCAAAAGGCACUAUAAAGAAUGUGAAUACAAACAAGCCACAAAAUGGGAAAAGAUAAUUUCAACACACAUAAAUAUAAAAGAAGUUCCAAAAUUCAGUAACAUCCAAAAAUGGGCAAAAGACAUAAACACAUACUACACAGAUGUUACACAAGUGGCCAAUACAUAUGAAAACAUGAUCAACCUUAUAAGUAAUCAGAGAAAUACAGUAUAAAUAAAUGAUGAAAUACCAUCAGAUUGGAAAAUGCUUAGAAAUCUAACCAUACUAAGUGUUGGCAAGGAUGUGGUGGAAAGGGAACACUUACCCACUGCUCACAGAAAUAUAAAUUAGGACAACUAUUUAAGAAAGCAGUCUGGCUUUAUCUCUCCUAUUGUUCCGGUGCCACACACUACCACCCAGCAAUUCCACAUCUAGGUUUUUUGCCAUAAGCGUAUAGGUAAAAUGUCAAAGAUCUCUGUUUUAAAGUUAAACAUGUGUGUAUUUAAUUCCCAAGUCCAACACAACCCUGGUGUUUAAUUUUGUAAAAUUUCCUUCUCUCCUCUGACCUUCACUAAUGAGAAGUGAAUAAACUAACUUUUUAAACACUCAUUAUAACACGUCAGACAGCAAGUUUAAAGACAAAGGCUAACUUCAUGAUAAAAUUUCCGUACUGUUAUUAAUAAUUACCACAUACUGGUCUCCAGAAACAACAACAAAAACUGCAAUCAGUCCAUUUCACUUGAAUAUUUUCAAGUUUUUUUACCGAAGAAAAAUUGCAUUUCUAAUUUGUCUCCUGGGUGAAAAGAAUUUCAAGAACCACGUGGGUAGGGUUGGGAAGGAGUGACUGGUGAUGGGAUAAAGGCUUUUCAUAGCCUCAUGGAAAAUCUUAGAAGACAUUAGACAUAAGCUACUUCUAAAAGUAAGCAAGCAGUUGAUGAGAUUGUAUUUUGGAUAUUUUCCCAAGAAUAAAAGUAAUAAAGACCACUGGGCCGCAUACGGGCACCCAAGGAGUAUUAUGCUACACUUUCGUUUAAAAAAAAACAAAACGCUCCCGCUACUGCAUUGCACUAACGCUGAUCCAAUCCUCUCUCUGGCAGAAGGCGGGGCUUACACUGAGACUUCCCGGCAGCCGCAGGUCACAUGACAUCCCAUGUUGUUAAUCAUCCAGCGAGCAUAGGGGUCAGCGUGAAGAGCUGAAGAUUCCAACGCCCGAGGCCCAACCCAGCUGCAGACGCAGCUCCGCUAGAAACCUGGACUGCGGUACUCUCGGGAGGUGACCCCAGAGCUCCGAGGACUCGACCCGCAUCGCGCUGUCCUGCGCCCCAUUCGGCCCGUCCCGGCUUGCCUCACCUGUCAUCGUGACUCGUCACAGCGUGCAGGACCGAGCGCCUCCUCGCCCUCUGCCAGGCUCUGGGACCGCCGCCCGCAGGUCCGUCGGUCAAGGUGAUGGGCAGCCGGCCCCGCAGCCCCAUCGCCUACCUUGCGGACUGGUGGGGGCCGCAGCCCGGAGGACCUGGCCCUGGUAAGCGCCAUCGAAUGGAGGAACCCGAAGCUGAGGCGGUGCCCAGCAUGGACAACGUGCCUGAGCCCCUGGCCAAGGGCGCGCUAACCUCCAUGGUGGUCCUGCCCGCCGGCUGUGGCCUGCACCUGCCCCUGGACGACGUCGACCUGCUGCUGGAGCCCGAGCCCACGUCCGUGCUGCAAGUGUCUCUCGGAGAUCACAUCCUCAUGCUGGUCCCCGAGGCCCUCCUGGGCUCGGGUGUGGAAGGCCCGUGGGGACAGGGCCUGGGACGGGGCGCUUUCCUGAGCGCUCCAGGGGAGUACAUGGCCCUGGAGCCGGGAUUCUUGUGCGCAGCUGUCCCAGAGAUCGCCUGCCAAGAAGAGGCCAACAAGGAGGACGCGGACGCCGAGUUCCUGCCGCCUGGGAUGGAUGCUGAAGCCGGCUACGUCACAGGGCUCCGCAGCCCCGCGGCAAGGGUGUCAGGCCCCAGCGCGCAGGGCUUUGUCCCAGAGCCCUGGCCUCGGGCGCCCAACCCCAGUCCAGAGAGAGGCUCUCCUCACCAUGACGACAACCUGUACUUGCACCUUCCGGAGCCCUUCCCCGACCCACCACUCCAACCUCUACCUCCCUCUCCUUGUCCGGGUCCUCACGAGCGCCCCCAACGCCCUCUCAUGGUCCUCUGCUCAAGGGCGGAAAAUGCCUGA